CGAGGGAAAUGCAAUAAUUUUGCCAUAAUGGGCUGUAACCUCAAUUCGACCCCGGCCCUUGCAGCCCUCGGUCGGAAGCGGAGCGAUGCGCCCUGCCUCCAGCGGGUGGCGCUCGAGUCCGACUGAACGGCGGCGGCGGGUGGCGGGCACGCGCCUGGGGCGCGCGCGCCACCCCUCUUGCCUCCACCCAACUCCCCCAUUAGUGCACGAGUUUACCUCUAGAGGUCAUCAGGCAGGAUUUACGACUGGACAACAAAAGCACGUGAUUCGAAGUCGUACCCCAUAUUUGGGUGCCUACGUAGGAGGGAACCAAGUACAUGUCCCAGUCAUUUCCAUAAUUCAUCAUAAAUUGUGCAAGGGUGCUAUAGACGCACAAACGACCGCGAGCCACAAAUCAAGCACACAUAUCAAAAAACAAAUGAGCUCUUAUUUUGUAAACUCAUUUUGCGGUCGCUAUCCAAAUGGCCCGGACUACCAGUUGCAUAAUUAUGGAGAUCAUAGUUCCGUGAGCGAGCAAUUCAGGGACUCGGCGAGCAUGCACUCCGGCAGGUACGGCUACGGCUACAAUGGCAUGGAUCUCAGCGUCGGCCGCUCCGGCUCUGGCCACUUUGGCUCCGGGGAGCGCGCCCGCAGCUACGCGGCCGGCGCCAGCGCGGCGCCUGCCGAGCCCAGGUACAGCCAGCCGGCCACGUCCACGCACUCGCCUCCGCCCGACCCGCUGCCCUGCUCCGCCGUGGCCCCCUCGCCCGGCAGCGACAGCCACCACGGCGGGAAAAACUCCCUGGGCAACUCCAGCGGCGCCUCGGCCAACGCCGGCAGCACCCACAUCAGCAGCAGAGAGGGGGUUGGCACGGCGUCCGGAGCCGAGGAGGACGCCCCCGCCAGCAGCGAGCAGGCGAGCGCGCAGAGCGAGCCGAGCCCGGCGCCGCCCGCCCAACCCCAGAUCUACCCCUGGAUGCGCAAGCUGCACAUAAGUCAUGACAACAUAGGCGGCCCGGAAGGCAAAAGGGCCCGGACGGCCUACACGCGCUACCAGACCCUGGAGCUGGAGAAGGAGUUCCACUUCAACCGCUACCUGACCCGCCGAAGAAGGAUUGAAAUAGCACAUGCUCUUUGCCUCUCCGAGAGACAAAUUAAAAUCUGGUUCCAAAACCGGAGAAUGAAGUGGAAAAAAGAUAAUAAGCUGAAAAGCAUGAGCAUGGCGGCGGCGGGAGGGGCCUUCCGCCCCUGAGUAUUUGAGCGUUUAAAGUACUGAGCAGUAUUAGCGGAUCCCGCGUAGUGUCAGUACUAAGGUGACUUUCUGAAACUCCCUUGUGUUCCUUCUGUGAAGAAGCCCUGUUCUUGUUGCCCUAAUUCAUCUUUUAAUCAUGAGCCUGUUUAUUGCCAUUAUAGCGCCUGUAUAAGUAGAUCUGCUUUCUGUUCAUCUCUUUGUCCUGAAUGGCUUUGUCUUGAAAAAAAAAUAGAUGUUUUAACUUAUUUAUAUGAAGCAAGCUGUGUUACUUGAAGUAACUAUAACAAAAAAAAAAGAGGAAAAAAAACACACAAAAAAGUCCCCCUUCAACCUCGUUUAGUGCCAAUAUUGUGUUGCACUCCAGUUGUUUAACUGUGCAUGUGAGUGGAAGUGUUCCUGUCUCAAUAGCUCCAAGCUGUUAAAGAUAUUUUUAUUCAAACUACCUAUAUUCCUUGUGUAAUUAAUGCUGUUGUAGAGGUGACUUGAUGAGACACAACUUAACUUGUUUGACGUGUAGUGACUAGUGACUCUGUGACGAAAACUGUGACUCCAAGCGGUGUGUCCCUGCGUGCCUUUGUAGGACCCUUUGCACGAACUCUGGAAGUGGCUCUUAUAAGCGCAGCUUCAGUGAUGUAUGUUUUUGUGAACAAAGUUACAAAUAUUGUCCGAGUCUGGCUGUUUAAGCAAACUGUGAUCAGCUUUUUUUUUUUUUUUUUUUUUUUUUUUUUUUUAAAAAAAAAACAAAGACUGGAAACAAAAAAAUAAA